CGCUGCUUGGCUGAGGGCGGCUGUGAUUUGGUGACGGGGAGCUGGAAAUGGCAGCGGAGCCGGAUACCACCGCGGUGAGGGAGCAGCAUAGCUUUGACCAAGGAGCCUUGGAGGGGUACCUGUGCCAGCAUCUGCCAGGCUUUCCUCUGCAGCCCCCUGGAGAUCUGCUCGUCAGGCAGUACAGUUCUGGGCAGUCCAAUCCCACCUUUUACCUGAAGAAAGGCCUGGGCACCUAUGUCCUUAGGAAGAAGCCCCAUGGCCGUCUCCUACCACAAGCUCACAAGAUUGACAGAGAAUACAGGGUCCAGAAAGCUUUGUUUGCAGCUGGAUUUCCAGUUCCUGAGCCCCUUUUAUACUGCAGUGAUGUUUCUGUGAUUGGAACAGAAUUUUAUGUGAUGCAACACGUGCAGGGCCGCAUUUUCCGAAACCUUGCUUUACCUGAAGUAAGCCCAGCAGAAAGAUCUGCGUUGUAUAUCGCUGCAACAGAAACUCUGGCUCGGUUGCAUUCAUUCAGCGUAAACUCACUGGGGCUCCAAGGCUAUGGAAGAGGACAAGGUUACUGUAAGAGGCAGGUAUCCACUUGGAGAAGACAGUACCAAGCAGCUGCCCAUAUGGACAUUCCAGCUAUGAAUGAUUUAGCAGCAUGGUUAAUGAACAACCUGCCAGCUGGGGAUAACGAAGAACAUUUGAUUCAUGGGGACUUUAGAAUAGACAAUAUAAUCUUUCAUCCAACAGAGGCCCGUGUUGUGGCAGUGCUGGACUGGGAACUUUCAACCACAGGACACCCAGUGGCAGACUUUGCUUAUUCUGUUAUUUUCUACUUUUGGCCAAAAGACAUCAAACAUUCGAAUAUACAGAAUUUACAGAAUUUAGACAAUAUUGAAGGAAUUCCUUCACUUGAAGAAAUGAUCUCAGUUUACACUCGCUGCAGGGGCAUCACCAGUUCCCUAUCUGGUUUCAAUUUUUUUCUUGCCCUUUCAAUGUUUAAAAUUGCUUCAAUAUGCCAGGGUAUCUAUGCCAGAUACCUCUUGGGAAAUGCUGCUGCAGAAAAUAGCUAUGAGUUUGGCAAUCUGGUGAAACUUUUGGCAGAAAGAGGAUUACAACUCACAACCAUGACCUCAUUUACCACCAGCAUUCAGUCAUGUAGUAACGGGGAAUUGUUCCAGCAAACUAAAAAGGGUAAGGAAGUGCUUCAGAAGGUGAAGGAUUUCAUGGGAAAACAUGUUUUUCCCGCUCAAAAGGAAAUGGCAGAGUAUUAUGUCAGAAAUAAAAAUUCACCAGACAUAUGGAAAAAACCCGCAGUGAUUACAAAACUGAAGGAGAUGGCAAAAGCAGAAGGCCUCUGGAACCUUUUCCUGCCAGCUAUUAGUGGUCUUGGCCAGGUCGAUUAUGCACUGAUCGCUGAAGAGACUGGAAAGUGUUUUUUUGCCCCUGAGGUGUUCAACUGUCAUGCACCAGACACAGGGAACAUGGAAGUCCUGCACUUAUAUGGCACAGAAGACCAAAAGAAAAAAUGGCUGGAGCCUCUGCUUGAAGGGAAAAUUAGCUCUUGCUUCUGCAUGACAGAACCAGAUGUUGCUUCAAGUGAUGCCACCAACAUGGAAUGCAGCAUUCAGAGAGAUGGAGACAGAUAUAUAAUUAACGGGAAGAAAUGGUGGAGCAGUGGAGCUGGAAAUCCAAACUGCAAAUUUGCAAUUGUGAUGGCCAGAGACAAAAACACCUCUGCAUUCAGAUAUAAACAGCACAGUAUGAUCAUUGUGCCAAUGGACACCCCCGGAGUCAAACUUAUACGGCCUCUUUCAGUCUUUGGUUAUUUUGAUUAUUUUCAUGGUGGGCAUUUUGAAGUCCAUUUUGACAAUGUUCAAGUACCUGUUUCUCAUUUAAUACUUGGAGAAGGAAGAGGAUUUGAAAUCGCUCAAGGGAGACUUGGACCAGGCCGCAUCCACCACUGUAUGAGGUCGAUAGGAGCGGCUGAAAUGGCUCUCCAGGUCCUAUGCGAGCGCUCAGCCCAGAGGAUGACAUUUGGGAAGAAGCUGUACCAUCAUGAAGUGGUUGCUCAUUGGAUUGCUGAAUGCCGGAUUGCUAUUGAACAGGCAAGACUGCUUACACUGAAAACAGCCCACAGCAUAGACACAGUGGGGAACAGAGCAGCAAGAAAAGAGGUUUCUAUGACCAAAGUGGCAGUACCCCGAGCAGUCCUUAAAGUGAUUGAUUGUGCCAUUCAAGUUUGUGGAGGUGCUGGGUUCUCCGAAGAUUUCCCUUUGGCUCAGAUGUUUGCUUACAUUCGGACCUUACGCAUAGCAGAUGGGCCUGAUGAAGUUCACCUCUCAGGAAUUGCAAAACUAGAAUUGCUUGAUCAAGCCAAGCAGUUGACCGCCCAUCUCUAGUUGUUAACAGCAUCAUAAUUAGGCCUGGUCUAUACAUGCAGCAGUGAAAGAGUGCAGAGGUGGUAGACUGAAUUGUACCACUUCAGACUGAUGAGCAUUUAUACUUUUCAAAAUUCCUCCAACAUCCAUAACCUCAAAAUGGCUUUACUAAGACCAAGGAAAAUGUAAGGAUAUUUAUCCAGGAUCCACAUGUCUGCCUAAGGCAUUGGUAAAUUUAAGCAUAUUCCUGUAACUUAAGGCAGUUUUAAUAGCCCACUUUAGAUAAUAAGGGCACAAACGAUUAUCCUUCGGCAUUGAGGUGAUCAUCAAAAUUAUUCAUUUAGUACACUGAAAUAUUUCAAUGUAGCAUCCCACUUUGGAAUGAUGAAUAAAACAUGUAAUGUGGGUACAGCUGAAUAGAUUAAUGAAGAUUAUGAUUUUUUUGUUGCCUUGAGUAGGUGGCCAGUUAUCAAACAUCUAAGCAAGGCCAAAAAAAUAGAUUGGGAUAGAUGCUGUAUCAUUAAUACACAGGGGUGGAAAGUUUAAUUUUGUUAUAAUACUGUUUAACAAGGAUAAGAGUAAUGUGUGUCUUAUUUUGUAGUUUAUACCCAGCAGCAAGGAAUGUAGAAUAUCCAGCUGAAUUUAAAUAUGACCAGUAUUUACAUUAUUCAUGUGUAAAGAACAAGCUCAUACAGGUUUAUAAUGCCGCUGUUACUGACAGCAAUAUUAAGUCUAUCAGUAAACAAAAUUCUACUGUUUAACACUCUUGUUCUCACUUCAACUGAUGAUGGAUACAAUGCUGCUAAGAUGACAGUUUUUGUUCUCUUGCACUUCUAGUGCCUUAAUAAAUUCCACCCUUCAAGUA